GUCCAGCCCACGGAGGUUAACGGGAAUCUGCUGACAGAGCACAACCAGUUGUUUGUGCAGGCAUAUGUUUGCGCGGAUCAGCAGGUGCUAUUAGAAAAAAUAUAAAAUACGUUUAUGGAAGUGGAGAUUUCAGCAGCGACGAAUUGAGGGAGAACUCUUUCAUCGAAGGACUCUAAUUUCCAGGAUGCGCUGACGGACGCGUGUGUGACAUGAUCGUGGCGAUAGAUCGGAUCAGAUAAAUUCGACCAGGCAUCUUCCCUCCUUUGCAGCCAUGGCUCACUCCGUGUCUGGAGGGACUGUGCUCACUAUCCUCUUCAUUAGCAGGUUGUUAGAGAACUCGCUGCUCAACGCAGAAGUGAAGGAAGGAGAGAUUUUGCCUCCUACCAUUCAGAGGCUGAUGAAAGGAUAUAACAAGUAUCUCAGGCCUUUCUUUGACGAUGGUCCUGUGACGGUGGGAAUGAGUUUGGACAUCGCUAGCAUUGACACCAUUUCUGAGAUUAACAUGGACUACACGGCCACCAUAUUUCUCCGCCAGCGCUGGACGGAUGAGCGCCUGGUGUUUGAGGGCAACAAGAGCCUGAGCCUCGACGGGCGUCUGGUGGAGCUUCUCUGGGUGCCGGACACUUUUAUUGUUGACUCCAAAAAAUCCUUCCUGCAUGAUAUCACCGUGGAGAACCGACUGAUCCGCAUCUUCCCCAAUGGGACCGUGCUUUAUGCUCUGAGGAUCACCACUACUGUGGCAUGUAACAUGGAUCUGACGAAGUACCCCAUGGACAAGCAGACCUGCACAUUACAACUAGAGAGCUGGGGCUACAACAUCAACGACGUCAUGUUUUACUGGACCCGAGGAAACGAGUCUGUCAGUGGCUUAGACACCCUCCAACUGGCUCAGUACACCGUGGAGGACCACUACACUUCUGUCUCAGAAGCUGUCUAUGAAACAGGCAAUUACCCGAGGCUGGUUUUUCACUUCGAGCUGAAAAGAAGCAUUCUGUAUUUCGUCCUGGAGACAUAUGUCCCCUCAAGCCUGCUGGUGGUCCUCUCAUGGGUGUCCUUCUGGAUUUCCUUAUCCUCUGUUCCAGCUCGAAUUUGCAUAGGAGUGACCACAGUCCUGACUAUGACCACCCUGAUGAUGGGAGCCCGGACAUCGCUGCCCAAUGCCAACUGCUUCAUCAAGGCCAUCGAUGUCUACUUGGGAAUCUGCUUUAGCUUCAUCUUUGGAGCUCUUAUUGAGUACGCCGUGGCCCACUUCUGCACUCUAACUCAUGCUGAUGCUCACAUGUUGAUGUACCAAAUGCACGAAAUGGACGACGACAUGAACGGCAUCAUCACCACCAUUUCUACUCACUCCAACAGAGCCAAGAGACGCAAGGAGCCCGCUGUCACUCCCCCGCCGGCUCCUGCCUCGGCAGAACUCAGCGUCGGCCCCUCCAGUCCUUCAGGCAGUGAGCCCAAGCCUGAAGUGUCCCCUCCUGAACCCACCAACUGGUGCCUCACCACUCUUGCCACACUGCGCAAAAUCCUCCGCUUUAUAAGCUGCUGUCACAUCGAGAACCCCCACCACAUAGACAACUACUCCAGAGUUACCUUCCCCCUUUCUUUUGUCAUUGUCAACCUACUCUACUGGACAUAUUAUCUGUACUUCUAGUAUUGGCUUUAGAGCAGCAGUGUGUAAGGCAAAGCGUGUAUGUGGACAAGAAGUGUAUUUUACUGUAUGUAUGUACAGAAAGCAUUAACAAGGUGUGUUCUGAGAUGGGUUCAUACCGUUUCUACAUUUGGUUUCAUACGCAAAGUAGCAAACUCAAAUGAGACCAUUGUUUUUAUUUAUCUAUUUAUUUAGUUAUUUAUUUAAAAAAAGUAAAACAGGUGCAUCUAAAUAAAUUAGAAUAUUAUUGAUAGUUGAAAUAGCAGUCUGGUAAAAAUGAUCCCCAUUUACAAUAUAAAUGCUCAGUAAUUGGUUGCUGCUCUUUUGAAUAAACUGCAUGGAAGCUCGUUCUAUUAAUGACAUCUUUUAACUACUCUGAUUGUUGGCUCUGGAGUCGUUUGUCUGUAUUAGUAUUACGUUAGGAUAGUUUUCUGGAAAUCUAAAUAAGGAUCUCCAUAUUGUUUGUCAACAGUGGAAAGCAUAAAGUGCUCUAAAUGUUGAUUGUUGCUCAGACGACUCUGCCAAAACAGGGUGGAACAACACCUGCGGAUGGUAUUUUUUUCAAAAUCAGUGAAAUUUCCACAGAUAGUUUUAUGAACAGCUUCACUAAAAAAAAGGCUGCACCUUUACUUUUUUCCUUCCACACAACUUUCCAAAAAUGUAUUGAGAUCCAAAAUUCAACCAACUUGAUAGGAAUAAGUUUUUAUUUCUUGCAAAUUAGAAGUCUUUGCCCUGAAUUUCAAGGCUGCUAUCUGUAGAUUGUAGCUAUGAUUUCUGUAAUUAGUCUGAUGUAAUAUUAAAAUUUCUGAGAAAUUAAAUUUGGAGUUUUAAGUAGCUGUAAUCAAAAUGAACAGAAAUGACUACAAAUAUAUCACUGUAUGUAGUAACACUAUGAUACGUACAGGUUUUUAAUAAUAUUUUAAUUUACUUAGAUUCAUCUGUAUACUUAGAUUCACCUGUUUUUCUAAAUAAAUCAGUUAUUUUGCUAAAAAGAAACGGCCGUCUUUAAUCAAAGAACAUAGAAGUCUGAACAGUUUUACCAAUCGAUAAUUAGGAAAAGGCUAUUGCAUUCUUUCUAGUUGAGAUAUAGUCAUGCUAAGAUGGAGCUGUGAUUUAAGGCUUUGUGACAGAUUUCACAAGGGCUGUUAUGUGAGAGCAAAUUCCCACAGCGCUUUGAUUUUCUGCUGUCACGGACUGAUCAUCGAUAUUUUAUAACUUCAUCUUCUAUUUUCUGCAACAUUUAGGAGGAAGAAAAGAAAAAACAGAUGGCAGUUGUGAGGUGAAAAGACCCAUAAUAGAGUGUGUUAAAAAAAAAAGCUAAACCUUUCUCCAAAUGGAUGAUCGCUUCUGUCAGAGCUGGAAAAAUCUUUUUCUCUGUCAGCCUGUGGGUUGCUUUUUUUUUAUUUUUUAACGAAGCAGUCAGGUUUUGUUUGCUUGCAUUUUUUGUUUUUAAUGAGAAUAUGAAUAUAUAUAGUGGCCUUUAAUCAUUUAUAAACUGAUUUUAUUACACAAAUCAUCAUACGAGUCUGAAACUCCCUAUUAAGAAACACCACAUUCUGAAUUUUAUGAAUACACUACAUGUUAUUAAAUAACACAUAAUAUAAAAAGAAACUGUAAGAAAUCGUCCAUCCUAAAAUACCUGAGGUAUAAAUAAAUUAUGUGGCAUAAAUGGUGGAUAAAUGUGCCAAACUGAAAAAAGACACCAACUUCAUGUACAAAUGGUACAGAAUUUUUCUGGAUUUUCUUCUUGAUUCUGUCUCUUACAAUACUGACCUCUCCAUUCUUUGAAAGUGGAAAAAACUUUAAAAAUGGAGGUGUCUCCUCCCACUGUAUAUAUCAAACCAUUUUUGAAGUAGUAGAAAAUGAUCAAAUAUGCUUUUUUAGGGAUAUUUAAUAUUAUUAGAACAUAUUAUUAUUGUAAUAACACUGCCUGCUCAUGUGACGCUGUGGUAAAUUACAAUCUUGUCUCCUGAGACGCGCCUUAAAUUGAACUAAAUUUCCCCACUGAGGUGGAAAAGGAAACAAUAUUAUCUUCUUAAUCAAUUCUGUGGUAUGAAAAAAACCUGACAGAGACAGAAACAAACCAUUAUCACCAUAUCAUGAGCUCUGGAUGUAGAUAGUUAAGCUUUUGCCAAUUCACACUGUGGUGAUAAUGCCCACAGGGUAACAAAUUAGACAUGUGGAUGUGCAGGACUGCCACACUUUAAAGUACAGUGAGAUAGUGAACGAUACAUUAUUUAUGCAGUAUUUCUCUCUGUGGCUUCAGCAAUUGUUUCUCGCUGGGCUUUUGUAAAAACAUAAAGAAGUGGCCAGACUUUGUGGAAUGGGAAUGAAAUGCCCCGCCCCCCCAAAAAUAAAGAGGAUGGAAGCCUCUGUGCACUGUGAAAAACAAAAACAAAACAGCACAGCAUUUCUUGGUUUUUAUGAUUCAACUUCUACAAAGAAGGGAGAAAUCCCGUCCCAGUAAAUGCUAACAUAACCAUGAUGGGGCAGCAAGUGGCUACAACGUCUUUAUUCCAUUUUAAAAGCCAUAAAAAGCAUUCUAAGUGUAGCCAGUGAUUGUGUUUUUGCAGCAACUUCACAGAAAAAAAACAAUAGGAAACCACUGUGUCCAUUGAACACAUAUUGAAGUGUAAUGGUGACAGGGUCAGAACAAAAUAUAGAACAAAAGUACACCCUUCAGGCAUAACAUUUUUGUCACUGUGUCCCCACAAUUGAUGUGUUGCAAAGAGGGAAAUGGGCAAACAUUAGGAUUUGAGUUUAUAGCGGCCUUGUGACUGGGUCAGAGCAUCCAACAUGCCCAUCUGCAGUGGCCAGUCUCUAUUUAGUGGCCCAAGGACGGAGAAGUUGUGACUUUGUGACAGGGUCAUUCAUGUACAGGCUGUCCUCUGGAUAGACUGGAUCUAUCCAACAGAAAAGCCAUUGCUGACCAAAUUGCAGAUUAAUUUAAUACUAGUUCUGAUAGAAGGGGGCAAGAAUGCAUAGACCUUCAUAGUGUGUUGCCCUGCUGACGCCUAUUCAGUGCUGAAAUAACCAACAAUCUGAUAAAUUAUCCAUGAAUGGCCAGGGGAGCAUGAGUUGGCGAUGUGGGGAACACAAAACCCCAGGAAGAUAACAACAAUGUUCUGCUGCAAAACGUCUUCACGGAUGUUACUUUGACUUUGACGCCACCUGCCCAAGCAUUGCUACAGAUCAUGUGCACCCAUUUAUGGAAGCACUGCAAUUGUCUGAAUGUAUCUUCUUUGUUUGAGGAACACAACAACGUGUUUGAGGUGUUGACUUGGCCUCCAAAUCUCCCAAAUCUAAAUCCACUGGACUGACAUGAAUCCAUAAAGCUGCAGCUAACAGGACUUAGAGGACAUGCUUCUAACAUUUACAAGAUGCUGCAGCAACACCUUCAGCAUUGUAGAGGAGCCCAAGCAUCAAUGAGUCAACUAACGGGGAACCAGUCCAGUAUUUGGCUGGUGAUCACAAUGAUAUGCUUGAUCUUGUUCUCUUUGAAAGAAGAACAAUUUUAUAAUUCUGUUAGGGAUCAUAAAAUAUACUAUUUUUUAUUUUUUAACUUUAACUUUGUUUACUUUUGAAAUUUAUCUUUGGGCUUUCAGUUCAGAUUAUAAUGUGGUGGCCCCCACAUUAUAAUCUGGACAGUAGGUGUAAAAACAUAACAAACCCAAUUUCACAAUGCCUUGGUUUGUUUGCUCACAGGAACAUGAGCCAAAGAAGAUGCUUUCAUUAUUGUUAGUUUUCCCUUUAGUGUCAAAUGCUUAAAUGCUUUGCUGAAAAGAAUCUUCCAUGAUUGUUUCUGUAGUCACUGGAGAAUACAAUAAACUGCAUGUUGUAGGCGAGCAGAUGAAAACAGCAACACUCAGACAACAGGAUUCAGUUGAACUAAAGAGAUGCAUGUUUAUUUAUUGCCGUUUACUCAAUAUUACUGUGAAGAAUUCAAAGUUGGUGACUUAAAAUCACAGUUGAUUUUUAAAGAACUAAUUUUGGGUUUGUCAAGGAGAGCUAAACUGUCAAUGUACAGUAAUGACCUGCUUUAGCUCCAUGGUUUUAUAUUUGUUUCACUGUCUGCCGUCUACAGACAAACAUUUCAGUUGUCUCUUUUGCCUGAUGUUUUAUGAAAAAUAGGAUCUUUUCAGUUUCUAUUUUCCUUUCUGCAUGGUUUUAGGUGUAUCUGUUUUCCUUCUACAUUCUUUUGUCUGACAUACAGAAUUAGUCACUGUAAAAAUCUAAUUGUGAGGACUGGGUUGGUAGAAAGCUCAUUGCCAAACAUGAGAUUUAAAAUUUAGAAAAUGUUAAUUCUCAAACCCCAAACUGUGAGUGACAUCUUCUCUGUUGAUGUUGGAAAACAUGUACUUUUUAGAUUUAAUAUCAUUAUUAUUACUUUGCUGAGCUAGUUAAGCUUGACAUAUGCAUGUAAAUGUGGAGCCAAAGAGCCACAACACAGAGAACACCCAUCCGGUCCUAUUUUCAAAACACUGAAUGAACAUUGUUUUGGAUGGAAAAGAUGCUGAAGGACGUCAGUGGGCCAUUGGAGGGAUAUAUUUAAAGAAAAAUAGAGACCUUUUAUUCCCCAGUGUGGGGGAUGGGUCGGUUAUAAACUACCAACUGAGAGGACAACUUUAUUUUACGGGACAUUUUCUUCUCAAAUGUAUUUAUACACAGUAAUAACAUCCAGUUGCUUUACUUACUGUAAAUAAACAAUACCACUAUGCAUGAUAUCCUGGUGUACGAAUGUGAAUAAUAGCAAUAAAAAGGCUUAAUGUGUUA